AUGGCCUCCUUAUUAGACGAAUGGAUCCGGCAUGGUUUCUAUAAAUUAGGAGAUAAUUAUAUUAUGGGUAGUGAUGGUAAGCAAUUCUUCAUUGAUAUUCUCAAUCCAUGUUAUUUAAUCUUAUUUUUUGUAGCUUGUGGUACAGUUGAAGAAGUGAAAGAUGAAAAGUAUGAUAAUUUUGUCGGAAAACAAGUCAUUAUUUAUCCUUAUUUGGAAUGGGAAAACGAUGCGCGUUCUUCACGUCAUGUCCUCAAAAUACUGGGAGGCCCAGUUGAUGGAACUUUCUGCGAAAGAAUUGUUGUUCCGGCCAAAAAUCUUAUGGAGAAGCCUGAUCAUUUGACACCUGAACAAGCUGCCACGUUACCUAUUGCUGGAUUGGUUGGUGAAACUGUUCUAAUCACAGGUAGUGGUGGAGGUUGUGGUCUAUUCUUGAUUCAAUUUGCCAAGGCAUUUGGUGCCAAGGUAUUUUUCACGACAGGUCAAAAAUAUAAGCUUAACUUUUUAGAAAACAAGUUUAAUAUCAAGGGAGUACUUUAUACAGAAGUGAAUUGGUCUGAUAAGUUGAAACAAAUUGUAUCUGAGGAGCAUGGUGGAUUUUUUGAUAUGAUUAUUGAUUCUCUUACUAUUAUUGGUUCAGAUCUUGGCAACUUUACUGAAUUUAAAUCUAUGAUAAAUUUUAUUAUUGAUUACAAAAUUGUUCCAUUAAUUGAUUCUGUUGUGCCAUUCGACCGAAUAAUGGAACAAUUCACUAAAAUGGAAAGGCGAGAACAAAUUGGCAA